UAAUGGAGAGAUCUCAUUAAAUGUAGAAAUUGGGUGACAAUUCUUCUUAGAGUUGGCUGACCUAAGGAAUGCAGAAGGACAAACGUGAUGUGGAGGAAUCAUGGAUCAUGUCAACUAUACCUGGACCCAGACUUUCAUCCUUGCUGGUUUCACUACCUCUGGCACCAGGCAACAUCUUGCAAUUUUUGGGACCCUGUGCAUCUAUCUCCUCACACUGGCAGGGAACUUGUUCAUCAUUAUUUUGGUUCAGGCAGAUUCAGGGCUGUCCACUCCCAUGUACUUCUUUAUCAGUGUCCUCUCCUUCCUGGAACUCUGGUAUGUCAGCACCACAGUGCCCACCUUACUGCAUACCCUGCUCCAUGGACCUUCACCCAUCCCAUCAGCCGCAUGUUUCAUCCAGCUGUAUGUCUUCCACUCCUUGGGCAUGACUGAGUGCUACCUGUUAGGUGUCAUGGCACUGGACCGCUACCUUGCUAUCUGUCGCCCACUGCACUACCAUGCACUCAUGAGCAAACAGGUAAAGAUACAGCUAGUUGUGAUUGCAUGGGUGGCUGGCUUUUCGGCUGCCCUGGUUCCUGAAGGUCUCACUGCCACUUUACCCUAUUGUUUAAAAGAGGUAGCCCAUUACUUUUGUGACCUGGAACCUGUAAUGCAGUUGGCAUGUGUGGAUACUAGCUGGCAUGCUCAGGUCUAUAUUGCAGUUAUUGGCAUGAUCAAUACAUGCAAUCUUGUUUUCAUCUUGGGUCUCUAUGGAGGUAUUGUGAAAGCUGUGCUGAGGCUGCCUUCAGCUGCUAGCCGUGCCAAAGCCUUUUCCACAUGUUCCUCCCAUAUAAUUGUAGUAACACUGUUCUUUGGCUCUGCCUUCAUUGUCUAUGUAGGGCCACCAGAGAUCCGAGCUGAGGGCAGAGAUAAGCUUAUUGCCUUGGUAUAUACUUUGUUCACACCUUUCUUCAACCCUAUUAUUUAUACUCUUCGAAAUAAGGAAGUGAAAGAGGCUUUUAAGAGGGUCACACAGAGGAUCAAGGGUAUGCUGAAUUGA